UGCCCAGAGGCAACGUGCCCUGCUCUGAUUUUCAAACCUGUGAGCAAAUGGAUUGCUUUGAGAACGGAAAGUUUUGUACUCAGACGGGUUCCCAGCAGCACAGGGACAGCAGUGGCUGUCAGGUGAAUGACGCUGACAGACCUGUCAAACGUCUCCGACGGAAGAGAAGACUGCUUCUGGAGUCUGAGGAUGACGAGGAAAAUGCAGAUGAGGAUGAGGAGAAGAAUAAAUCAAAUAAUAUGAAAAGCCGCAGAAACACUAAACCAAUAAAACAAGCUGUUCCUGGAAGGAAGAAGGUAUGGAACUGGGCUUCCUACUUAGAAGAGGAGCGGAUGCCAGCUGCUCCCCUAAAACUGUUCAGAGAGUAUCAGUCAUUCCCACAAGGCCGAAAUGGAUUUAAAGUUGGAAUGAAAUUGGAAGGGCUGGAUCCUGAACACCCCUCUCAAUUUUGUGUUCUCACAGUGGCUGAGGGAGAGCUCCCCUCAUUAUAGGUACAAGGGUACAGAAUGCGAUUACACUUUGAUGGUUAUCCAGAGUGCUAUGACUUCUGGGUUAAUGCUGAUUCCUCAGACAUCCAUCCUGUUGGCUGGUGUGAAAAAACAAGUCAUAAGCUGCUCCCUCCUAAAGGUUUCAAGGAGGGAGAAUUUAAUUGGACUUCCUAUUUGAAGAAUUGCAAAGCUCAAGCAGCUCCAAAAAGCCUUUUUAAGACUCUCGGCACUCCUGUCACACCCUCUGGUUUUCGUCUGGGAAUGAAACUAGAGGCAGUGGACAAGAAGAAUCCGUCGCUGAUGUGUGUCGCAACAGUCAUGGACAUGGUGGAUAACCGCCUGCUAAUUCAUUUCGAUAACUGGGAUGAGAGUUAUGACUACUGGUGUGAAGCUAGCAGCCCAUAUAUUCGUCCUGUGGGCUACUGCCAAGAAACUGGAACCCCACUGACAACACCACCUGGAUACAAGGAUUCCAAAGCCUUCUCGUGGGAGAAAUACUUGGAAGAAACUAAUUCCCAGGCAGCCCCAGCAAGAGCAUUCAAACUGCGUCCUGCUCACGGAUUCCAAGUUAAUAUGAAGUUAGAGGCUGUGGACAGAAGAAAUCCCAUCUUGAUAAGAGUGGCAACAAUAGUUGACAAAGAUGACCAUCGCAUUAAGAUACAUUUUGAUGGUUGGGACCAUAAUUAUGAUUUCUGGGUCGAUGCAGACAGCCCUGAUGUUCAUCCAGUAGGCUGGUGUGCAAAAACUGGACACGCUUUGCAAGUCCCUCUAGGUGCUGCUGAUCGAGUGGGAACAGUGGGACAAGCGUGUCCUACUCCAGGCUGCCACGGUAUCGGUCAUGUCAGGGGACCACGAUAUGGAACACAUUAUACGUUGGUUGGCUGCCCGUAUUCUGAUGUGAACCUCAACAGAGAAAACCUGUUACAGGACCGCCUGAGUGGGGAGAGACCUUCCCCCAGCAGCAGCAUGCAGAAAGCCAAGAGGCUGGAGACUCCUGCCCCAUUUCUUUUGGGAGCAGGAGAGUCUUCUCAGGAGGACUCUCCACAAUCCAGAAAAUCUGCACAAGGCAGUGAAAAGUCAUGUCAAAGCAGCGUUCACAGUCUGUCGGAACAGUCUGAAAACAAUCAAGAGAGAGACUGGGUAGAAGAGGAUUCCUCUGCAGACAUCACAGCCAAACCAAAAAAGCUUGGGUGCUCACAUGCCUAUAUCAAGUUCCAGUUGGUGAAACAGGAAAACAAUGGCAAAGACCCUGAUUUGGAUCUCCAGCAGGCCCUCCACCAAUCCAUCUUCAUGCCUUCCCUGGCCUCUAACCCGACCCACCGCCUCCAUCUCUGCUGGGAGCAGCACUGCAAGCUCUUGCCAGAGGUCUCGGGCCUCACAGCCAAACACGUGGCCAAAUGGACUGUGGAAGAGGUGGUAAGCUUUAUUCAGCGUUUACCUGGUUGCAAAGAACAAGCAUCUGUUUUCAGGGAAGAGCAGAUAGAUGGUGAGGCCUUCCUGCUCCUGAACCAGAGCGACAUAGUUAAAAUACUCAGUAUCAAGCUGGGUCCUGCCCUGAAGAUCUACAACGCCAUUCUCAUGUUCAAGUCUGCAGAAGACAACUGA